CCUCUCAAACCAUCUCCACAUUCACUUCUCUCUUUGAGAACACAAACAGGAGACACCGGUCUUACCACUCCAAUGGCGGCCACCACCAUGUCUCUCUCCUCUUCGACCUUCACAGGAAAGGUAGUGAAGAAUGUGCCAUCAUCGGCACUUUUUGGCGAGGCCCGCAUGACGAUGCGUAAGACUGCAGCGAAGGCUAAGCAGGCCUCCUCCGGUAGCCCAUGGUACGGUGCCGACCGCGUGCUCUACCUCGGUCCACUCUCUGGUGAGCCCCCAAGCUACCUAACCGGUGAGUUCCCCGGUGACUAUGGCUGGGACACCGCCGGACUGUCCGCGGACCCCGAGACUUUUGCGAAAAACCGAGAGUUGGAGGUGAUCCACAGUCGUUGGGCCAUGCUCGGGGCACUCGGUUGUGUCUUCCCCGAGCUGCUUGCUCGCAAUGGCAUCAAGUUCGGUGAGGCCGUCUGGUUCAAGGCCGGCUCCCAAAUCUUCAGUGAGGGUGGCCUUGACUACCUCGGCAACCCAAGCCUUGUCCACGCACAAAGCAUCCUUGCUAUUUGGGCAUGCCAGGUCGUGCUCAUGGGUGCUGUCGAGGGGUACCGCGUUGCCGGCGGCCCACUUGGUGAGAUUAUUGACCCGCUCUACCCAGGGGGCAGCUUUGACCCUCUCGGCCUGGCUGAUGAUCCUGAAGCGUUCGCCGAGCUAAAGGUGAAGGAACUCAAGAACGGCCGCCUUGCCAUGUUCUCGAUGUUUGGUUUCUUUGUUCAAGCCAUCAUCACAGGAAAGGGCCCACUAGAGAAUCUUGCUGACCACAUCGCCGACCCCGUCAACAACAAUGCAUGGGCAUUCGCCACCAACUUCGUCCCCGGCAAGUAACUGCGGUGUCUUGAAGACUAUCCUCACACUGAACUACUGUGAUGUUGUGUAGUCUUGUUUGUACCACCACGAUGUAAAUUACUAGAAUUUUAUGUUGAGUGUGAGAUUUUCCCGCCA